AUGCCUUCCUUGCACCCAGAAGCUGUGCUGGAGUUGAUGCGUCUCAGCACCACCGUUCCAGCAGAGGUCGCCCUCAGGGGUGUGCUUGACAAGAUUUUUCAGGAGGACAUGCCAGAAGAUGGUGGGGACCUUCCCAGGGUGACCAUUCGGAUGCUGGUGGAUGCUGGACAGAUAGGUGCAGUUCUGGGCAAGGGUGGCAGCAUCAUCGCAGACAUGAGGCGGAACACAAAUGCGCAGAUCAAGGUCCUUCAGGGGAACGAGUUACCCGCGUGUGCCUUGGAAACCGAUGAAAUUGUGCAGGUUUUUGGCGAGUAUGACAAAGCUGUUGCUGCUGUGAACAUCAUUGCACAAAAGCUUAAAGGCGCCCCACAGCGCCGUCGCAAUGUUCCGCAGAUGGGUGCACCGCAUAACCCCGCCCUUGGUCAGCAGCACUUCAUGUCACCCUCGCCAUCGGGCGUGUCUGCCUUUGGGGUCGGCGUCUCCCCAGGUGUCUCCAAUGUGUUGCAGCUCCCUGGGGUUGGGCCCCAGCUGCUUGGGGGUGCUGGACUUGUGGAGGCAACUUUCAGGCUCCUGGUGCCUGAGAAGUUAACAGGAAGCAUCAUCGGCAAGGGGGGAGAGGUAAUCAGGAGAAUCCGUGAGGAGACUGGUGCCAAGGUGAUCAUCUACAACACGGUGGAGAGGUGCGAUGAACGGGUGCUCAAGUGCGUGUCCAUGGACGACACAACGGCGCAAGUGUGCGCUGCUCAGGAGGCCAUGAUAAGAGCCCUCUUCUGUUUGUUCAAAAAUGAGGAGAACAACCCUGGCGCAGUGUUGAGCAUUCGCAUGCUAAUACCAUCCGACCAGAUUGGGGCAAUCAUGGGCAAGAAGGGCACCAUCAUCAAGGGCAUCCGCCGUGACACCGGUGCCAUCCUGGUCGUCCAGCCACGAGACCAGCUGCCUGCAUGCUCCCACGAGGGCGAUGAGCUGUUUGAGAUCAAGGGCAAGAUGGACAGCGUCAUCAGUGCCUUCCAGACCGUGUGUUCUCUUCUACGGACUAACAUGGGACGGACCCAGGCAAAGGCGGCAGCAGAAGCUGGUGGGGGUGAUCCCAACAUCCCUGCUGGCGCAUUUGGCAGUGGUGGAUUUGGUGGCGUGUCCCAGGGACCCUUGACAGUAAUCGCGGACAACCCAGUGAUGCUGACAGCGGCCGGAGCGCCUGGCGUCGCUCUCCAGGCGGGAGGAUUUGGUGUUGGUGUGCCAGGACCCCAAAAUUUGAUUAAUCAGUAUGCUCAGGCAGGCGGCCUCAUUCAGCAGAUGCAGCAGCCCCAAUUGGCAGGGGCCAUCGACCCAUCCGUGCUUGGCUUGAUGCCCAACCUCAACAUGGCUGGUGCAGGCCAGGUGUCUGUCCGCCUGUUGCUCACCCAGCUGCAAGCUAAUGCUGUGACUGGGCAGGGAGGAACGAACCUGAGGCAAAUAAGAGAGAUUUCUGGAGCAUUCGUGAAGCUGCACAACCCACAGGCAAACGGCGACAGAGAGCUUGAGCUGGUCGGCACUCACGAGCAGACUCAGGCUGCCCAAAACUUGGUGAACACCUUCCUGCUGGUGGCUUCCUUGCCCACCCAAGUACGGGUGGUUGUGAACGCAGAUGGAACUGUGAUGCAGGGCCAGCCCACCGUGGGCACAGGGCUGUCCACGGGGGGCCUGACAGGUGGCGCUCAGUUCAUCAUGAAGCAGGAGUGA